AUGGACGAACCGGCGGAAGUCAUUAAAAGCCUGAUCGACGGCCUUGAGGCUAUCAACAAAGUUCAAGCCCAGCAAUCGAAGACUGCUUCUGAACUUGCAAAGUUGUGCGCCGUAGAAAAUGCUCCUGCGAUAGACGUCGCCCGAGUCAAGGAUCUUCAAGAUACCCAAGAAACGUUAGCGAGUAUCAUGAGCCUGCAGAUCAAGAUCAUGAAACAGCAGGCUACGCUGGUGCUCUCAAGACAGCAGGCCGCGGCGAUGCUCUCUGAUCAGCAGGAGCAGGAAGCUCCUUCCGUUGCAGGUUUUCCAAGAUUUGCUCGACUCCCCAUUGAGCUGCGGAAGCUCGUUUGGAAAAUGGCAUUGCCAGGUUCUCGCGUUCUUGAACAGGUAGACGGAGCUGCUCAGUAUCCCAAGCUCCGCAAACGAUACAAACCUCCAGUGAUCCGAGCCGUCUGCAAAGAAGCCUGGGAGGUUACGGACGAAAACGGGCUAUUCCUCUACGGCCCGGAACUCACUGCGUCCGGGGGAACCUGGUUCAACCCCAAGCAGGACGUGUUCGUCAUCCGUGAUCCUGAAGCUGACUGCCCACUGGGUCCGCUUGAGCAAGCUCAUCCUGAAAUCAUCGCCAUUGACCGCCGAUACUUUAGAGAAGAGCAAAAUUUCAGCAAUGUCUUGGGUUGCGCGCUAGAAGCUAGUGGCUGUCGAAAGGUCAUCAUUCUCUUUCGAACAGCCCAGAAUCUAACAUAUAAGAAGAACACAGCGCCAAAACUGUUCAGCCUUCAACCCGAAGAUGUGAUCUGGUCAAUCUACGCUGACGAUAAGCCAUCAGACCUCCAGGUGAACUUCGAUCUCACGUGGAAGGAAUUCAAGGAUGAGAUAGAAGGCCAAUGGUCGCAUGAGGUCAGCCAGACCCGCUGGAUGGGCUAUGUCGUGGAGAGAAUAGGCUUACCUGUCAUCGAGGGGAUGGAGCUGAUCAUGUGCAAGGAGGAUCAGGCAUCUUUUGGUUUCUGA